AGGAUUUAAGAUCCCUAAAUAUUUUAAACAGUUAGUAUUACUGUUACUUUUGUGAUAUUGACAUAUAUACUGACAAAUAUCUGCAUACACUACAGAGCAGAGGUUUUAAGUGGAUAGGUUUAAGUUUCUAAGUUUAAGGCCACAGUGGAUGUGUAAUGUGUGCAGCUCUCAUGUGUUUGAGGAAAAGUGCUCCUGGUCAAUAAGAAAGAGCGGAGCUGUUCUGUCAUGCAGUGACUAAUACACAGACACACACUCACACACACACACUCACAGACACAACUUAGCUCGACAUCAGGGAGGACGUGUAGUCAGCCUGACAAAAUGCUUUACAGAACACACUCAAACUUUCUACCUGCCGGACAUUUCAGGACAUCCUCUGUCCCACAACCCUGUGACACUUUAGUGAAAUGGAAGUGCAUAAUGAUUCGGCAUUUCGCCUGUAGUUAAUACCUAGCCCAACUUCCAAUAUGGUAGAAGAGGUUGUUGUCGAGCUUUACGGUGUUGUCAUGUCCCCGCAGUGCCGAUAGUGGUGCUGUGAGGAGUCUACCGAGGACUGAACUAAAAAAAACCCAGCAGCCUAGCACUUCCAAUGUUAGCCGAGGGUAAUAUACAUUUUAUUGCACCAUUACUCUAUAAUUACUGGCGCACGGCUUCAAAAAGGAAUAUUUUCUGUAGCAUAUCGAGUAAAGAUGCAUAACUGGUCCAGUUGAUUAUAUUAGGCAUUUCCACAGUGUACUCGGAGUGAAUACCCCGUAGAGCCUGUACUAAUUGAAGCUGAUGUUUUCAAGGAAUAGAGUCACGUGAUGUAUGAGGGGAAACACAUACACUUCUCGGAGGUGGACAAUAAGCCUUUGUGCUCAUACAGCCCUAAACUCUGCAAGCAGCGCAGACUCAAUGGAUACGCCUUCUGCAUACGGCACGUUUUAGAGGACAAGACUGCUCCCUUUAAACAGUGUGAAUAUGUGGCCAAGUACAACAGCCAGCGAUGCACAAAUCCCAUUCCUAAAGCUGAGGACCGCAGAUACUGUAACAGCCACCUGCAAGUGCUGGGCUUCAUCCCCAAGAAGGAGCGUAAGAAAAAACAUGAUGCGCUAGAUUCUGUAGCGCUGAACAUCACCGUGCCCUCUCUAGCUCUCAAAGCCCCCAAUGGCUUAGAUGGUUUGCCUCCGUCUCCGCCAUGUACCCGUCUGCCCCCUCUUGCCCUGUCCAACACACAUCUGCUUGACCCCUUUGCCUUUUACGAGGAGGAUGUGGAUGGAGUGGAGAGCACCACACGCAAGAACUCUGUACUCAAGAGGAAGCCUGCUAAUCGGCUAGUGCUCAGUCAGCAAGGGCCACGCCAUGACGCUGACUUUCCUUCACCCACUUCAGAACAGUUGACACCAGUCACAGUGGUCUGCACACUGCCGAGAUCGCCAAACAUACCACCAACACCAGCAGCACCACCCGCACCUCCCCCACCUUCCCAGCAUGCUGGUCAUGCUUCCUGCAUCCAGCAGGGGGCAUCACAGGCUCUGCUAUGUAAGCCAGCACCAGCUCCUACUGGAGCCUCUCUGGUGCCCGCCACGCCCCCCUCAGCAGGCCAGCAGUAUCGGAAAACCUUCCUCACUGCCCCCGGUCACCCACCAGCUGGCGCUCGGGAGUGUCCACAAAGCCGCACCAUCACUAUGCGACCCACUGCCUUCACAGCGCCUCCUGCCUGCCUGUCAAGGCUACAGCAUCUUGUGCAGCUCUGUGCGCACAGACACAGAGAGCAUGGAGACCUCUUCCCACAUCUUGGGCUGGACUGGUCUGAUGAAAGUGCUGAUGAGGAUGAAGAAGCAGAAGAGAGACUUCCUUCAUUGCCUCAGGCCUGGAGACUGCAGGAACGGAGUCCUCACCACCAUUCCAUUGGUGAACGUGAGGAGCCUCGGCGGUCUCGUCUGGCUCAGCUCUGUACAUAUUUGCAGGAGCGCUACAAGCACCUCUGUAGGCAAGAGAGAGCUGCCACACGCCACACCAGAUACAAAUACGCCUUUAGGAAAGCUCUGCUCCAUGCAGCCAGCAAGGACCCUGACUGCACAGGAGAACUCAUCCAGCAGCUCAGCAAAACCUCACACACCUCCAGCAGGCCUGCAGUACAACAGGAAGUGGAAAAAUCUGUGUGCACUGGUAGCACCAAGGGUCAACCCUGCAGCAACCCAUCUCUGCCUUUUACACGCCACUGCUUCCAACAUAUCCUGCUGAACCGCUCACAGCAGCUCUUCUCCAGCUGCACGGCACGAUUUGCUGAUGGGCAGCAGUGCUCUGUCCCCGUCUUCGACAUCACGCAUCAGACACCUCUGUGUGAUGAACAUGCCAAGAAAAUGGAUAAUUUCCUCCGUGGGGAUAGUAACAGGCGGGUGCAACAGCAGCAGAGACGGCCACGUAAAAAGACCAAACCACCAGCACUGACAAAGAAACACAAGAAAAAGAGGAGGAAAGUAGUGCGGCGUCCCCAGAAACCCAUUCCUCCUGCCCUACCACAGGGCAACCUGCCCAUGCCCCCCACAUUGGCACUGCCCACCCACCAUGCCAGUAUCAGCCCCUCUACACCUGACCUCAGUGCAGAUGAACUUCCUGAUGACAUCACCACUGAUAUAGCAGACAUUCCAAAUGACUUGGAGUUGAAUCAGGAGGACUUUUCUGACGUGCUGCCCCGAUUGCCUGAUGACCUGCAGGACUUUGACCUGUUUGAGGGUAAGAAUGGAGAGUUGCUUCCCACCACGGAAGAGGCAGAGGAGCUGGUUCGUGCGCUACAGGCGAUGGGCUCAUAUCCUGACACGCUAGUUUGUUUAAACUCCAUGGCUGAACUGGCCCCGGCUGAUGACCAUCGCGCCAUGAGUGUCUUCUCUGGCUCUGGGGUCACGGUGACGGCCAUGGGCGACCUCCUAAACGGCCGAAUAGCAUCGGACAACUUCCCGAGCCUGGAGCUGGAGGACAAUCUCCUCCAUCACUCAGCAGAUGAGCAUUUCCCUCCAUCCCUGUCUCCUCAGCCACCACCAGCCACUGCCUCAGUGCCUGCUGCUGGCUCGAACCGUACACUGAAUGAGCGAACGUUCCCUCACUCGGCUCUUUCUAAACCCGAGCCCGCACUGCCCUCCUCUCCUCCAGGCAGCCAUUAUAGCAGUGACCAUGUGCCGUCUCCGUACAGUGACCAUAUCUCCUCCCCACACUCUGCAUCCUACCAGACUGAGCCUCCUCUCCUACUGGAGGUGCCUCUCAGUGGAUUACCAGGCGCUCCUCGCUCCUCCUGGAGCAAUCUCGCCCUCUCCCUCACAGAACCAAUGCAGUUUGGGAACCUCUUAACACAGGACACUCAUCUCCUCUCCACCUCUCUGUCCACUCCUCCCUCCAUCACACACCCUCCCUCUGCUCCCUCCUCUUCUCCUCCAAACUCCCCCCGUGACCUGCUCAGCACUAGCCAGCCCAAACUGCAGCUCCCACAAUUCAGCGCGGCCUUUGGUCAUCAGCUUGCCUCUCACAGCGGCAUCCCGAAAGACGUACAGCCCAGCCACAGUUCCACAGCGCCCCCUACGGGAUUCACAAGUGCUGGUGCCACUGCUGCAGGUGCCAACAGUGCUGCACCUACUUUCCAGCAGAGCAAGUGAAAGGAAAGGCAGGCAUGUACACACACAUCUUAGCCUUUUUCAGGGUUCUGUUAAAGCAGUUGAUAGGGGCGGGGGUAUCAUGAUGAUGUUUUCUUGUUGUGCCGAGUUUGUGUUUCAGUUGGAGGCCUGGUAUAAGCCAGAACAGCGGUCACUAUGUUACUGCCUCUCCCACGUCAUCACAUCACUCACUGACUCCUCCGUCUCUCAUUCAAGGCUUCAUUAAGCAGAAGCAGACAGCAGUAGAUGUGUCUGUGCUGUUUACGAGUGCACAUUUAUAUAAAAAAAAUCCGAUCACAGUGAGGGUGUCAAAACACCGAGAAUAUCCGCCAAACAGCUUUUAUCCAGAAGAUUUUAUCUUGCACUGUAUAUAGUAAACCUUUUAUGCAGACACUCAGAUGAAGCUUACUCAGUGGACCUAUCCUGGCCUGUAAACUUUCCUGUUCAGAGACCUCACAGGCACCUGAAGGUAGAAACCUGGUUACUCAAAGCAAUAAAGCACAUCAGCAUAUUCUAUCAUUACAGUAUUUAAACCAUGUGUCAAUUUCAGUUGUGUACCUCAUAGCAGCCAGACUGCUUGAUCAAUGUGGAUCUGUGAAAAAAUUUCUGUCUCAUUUAAAACUGAGAAUGAACUCUUCUGCUUAAUACAGAGCUUAGCGCUAGACUGUGUUAUUCUCAUUUACAGAACACCAACAGAGCUCGUACAGAAAAUAAAUAGCUUUUAUGAUAAAAGAAAAAAAUAUAUAUUGAUUUUUCACCAAAUAAGGAUUCAAAAUGUUCCUGUCUAUGGUGCUUAUUAAGUUUAGAAUAAAAUGGCUUAGUGAGGUUUCUCUUUAAAGCAGAGCAGUCUUUUAAUAGGGGUUGACAUGAGGACUGCAUGGCUGAAUGGUCAUUAAAUUACCCUAUCUUUGCUGUGCUGGGACCUUUGGUGCAAUUUCUACGGAGCAGGACUGUUCACACACACUUCUCCUCCUCAAACUUCCACAGUAAACCAGGUUUAAACUCCACACUUAGACUGGCUGCAUGGCCUGUAAACUGUGGCGAUGUCUUUAUCACUCAGACUCUUCCCCCUGAGAGGCAGCAACCUUCACCUAAUCCUGGCCUGUUUUUAAUACACUGUCAGUUCUGGCAGUAAAUCAAUGGUUUUGAUAGAUUUUAGACAGGAAGACUAUCACAUAUAUUGUCAUAUGUAACAUAUUUAUAGAGUAGUAAUUGAAUUGGAAGUAAUUGGGUUUUAUUGGUGAGAUUAACUGAGUGGCAGUGAAGCGACUACAAAAUUAUUUGAAGAAAAAGAAUAAAAAAUUAUUUGGAGGAUAAAAGGUGGGGUUCUAGUUUUGUGGUGUACCUGUCACUAGUUUUAAUGGCUAUCAAAAUUCUAGUGAUUGAUAUUUCCAGUUGAAUGAAUGUCAUUUGUGUUUUCUUGUCAUUUCUUUGGACAAAAAGACUGUGAUCAUGUUCAACAGUAUUUUUGAUAGCUAUUAAAAUCCAGCUACAGUAAUAGUGGAGAGUUUGGUGUUUGCAUGAAUAUAACCACAAAUGGCCCAUAUUGUGAAUUAACUGGAUUAACAUGGAAGCUUGUGUCCAAAGAGAAAGAUUCAUAGGAAUGCCAGUGUGGUGAUGGGCAUACUGAUUUUUUUUUUUUUUUUUUUUACACAA